GUCACUGACCUACCCUUCCACUAUGGGACCCAAGACUACUUCUGGCUUUUACCUUAGCAGAACAUCGGCUGCCCUCCUGGCAUUAUUGCUCGCAGCCCUGCUUUUGGCACUUGUUGUGCUUGGAGCCCUAUAUGCCAGGACUAGGGUAUCAGGUGAAGGAGAAGGGCACCCAAGCAUCAGCAGUUUCACGGAUAACUCCACGUGGACCUCUUCCUUCUCAGCUACCCCUACCCCGGGCACCACAGACCGCCCUGGCAUCUGGGACAAUCUGCGUCUGCCCAAUUACCUGGUGCCACUGCACUAUGACCUUGAGCUAUGGCCGAAAAUGUACCCCGAUAGUGAGGAUAACGUCGUGCUGUCGGGACAGGUGAACAUCAGCAUGGAAUGCGUGGAGAUGACAGACGUUGUGCUGCUGCACAGUGACGGGCUGAACAUCUCCCGGGCUCAACUUAAACUUGUGGACAAUCCACAGGCAGGGGUCGGAAAUCGCACUCCACAAACAAGAGGAGCUGGUAACCCCACCAGCUUGUCUGAGGACAGCAUCGGCAUCAAGGACCUUUGGAACUCAAAAGCCCACCAGUAUUUGGUGCUGGAACUGGAAAGACCACUGGUGGCAAAGAGACACUACGUACUGGAGCUGGAUUACAGUGGCUACUUGAGUAACGACUACUCUGGACUCUUCUUCGCCCAUUACAAAGAUUUUGGCAUUGACAAAGUCCUGAUCGCAUCAGAGUUGGAGCCCACAUCUGCACGGGCUGUAUAUCCAUGCUUUGAUGAGCCUGCACUAAAAGCAACAUUUAAAACUAGAAUUGUGCAUAAUUCAAGCUAUGUUGCUCUUUCCAACAUGCCUGCAAUAGCUAUGUCCGAAAGGGAAGAUGCAGAUGGAACUAAAUGGACAGUUACCACAUUUAAUACCACACUGAAAAUGUCAACCUAUAUAACCGCUUUUGUAAUUUGCGACUUUGAUUACAUCAGCACAACUGAAAGGGGAAAUGAGAUUCGAAUUUGGGCCCGUAAAGAAGCUGUACAAAAAGGAUAUGCCAGUUUUGCAUUGAGUAUCGCUGGGCCAAUACUUUCGUAUCUGGAAGAUUUAUUAAACGUCACAUACCCUCUUCAAAAAACAGAUUUUGUGGCGAUACCUAAGUUUGGUGUUGGUGCAAUGGAAAACUGGGGUUUAAUUACUUUUCAAGAGCCAUCAUUGAUUUACAACCCUAAUCAGAAAUUCAGCGAUGCAAAGGCUUUGAUCUGCCUGAUUGUUGCUCAUGAGAUAGGACACCAGUGGUUUGGGAACCUUGUUACGAUGAAGUGGUGGAAUGAUAUAUGGUUAAACGAAGGCUUUGCAUCAUAUAUGGAAUUUAUAGGUGCCAGCUUCAUUAACUCCAAGCUAAAACUGAAUGAAAUGUUUCUUGUGCACAACUUACUCUACAUGUUUGAAAGAGACAGCACUUCAACUCUAAGAGCUUUAUCGGUGAAAGGAGAGGACAUCCAAACGAUGGAUGAUAUAAUGCCAUUAUUUGAUAUGUUCACGUAUAACAAGGGUGCUGCACUUGUCCGAAUGGUAACCAGCUUCCUCAAUGACAAACUCUUCCUUAAAGGGAUCAGUUCAUACUUGAAGACAUUUUCAUACUCAAAUGCUGACCAGGAUGAUCUAUGGAAUCAUUUACAAAUGGUUAUAGAUGAUCAGGAUGAAGUUCAGUUACCAGCUCCAUUAAGACAAAUCAUGGACUCAUGGACUUGGCAAGAAGGCUUACCUCUUCUUACGCUAAACACCUCAACAGGGAGGCUGACUGAAGAGCAGUUCAAGGUUGACAAUUCAGAUAACAUAACAAGCGAUAGCAACCAUACCUGGAUUGUUCCUGUUUCCUGGAUAAAAAAUGGGAUCCAACAGCCCAUGGUUUGGUUAACCAACAGGUCCAAUAUUUUUCCAGGAAUGAAAUUUGCAUCGGAUGAUAAAUGGAUUGUGUUAAAUAUUAAUGUAACAGGUUACUAUCGAAUAAACUAUGAUGAAGAACACUGGAAUCGCCUGGCUAAACAACUCGAAAAAGAUCACAAGGUUUUUCCAUUGGUUAACAGAGUCCAGUUGAUUGAUGAUGCGUUUAUGUUGGCAAAAGCUGGCUACAUUCAAUAUGAAACUGCUCUUGAUUUAACAAAAUACCUUAAGAAAGAAGAUGAAGUCAUUGUAUGGAAUACAGUCCUGAAACAUUUUAUGUCUAUUCAUAACCCAUUUAUCAAUUAUGACUCCUUUCCAUUAAUCAAGAAAUAUCUCUUACACAAAAUGAAUCCAAUAUUCCAACACUAUGCAAGUAUGGUUCGCAGAAAUUUUGAUGAAUCAGCAGAUGACUAUUUCAUUCAUACAAUAAUCGAUGACAUUUUUAAAGCUGCCUGUUCACUUGGAUUGCAAGAUUGUUUGGAUCUAGCAAGUGAACUCUUUAACAAAUGGAUGAACAACCAAUCUACAAAUGCAAUACCUUAUUCCAUUCGGAAUUCUAUCAGUUGCUAUGCCAUUGCACAUGGUGAUGAGAAGCAGUGGGAGUUUGCAUGGAACAUACUUAACAAGUCAAUGGCACAAGAUCAUGUGGAACACAGCUAUCUUAAACAAGCUCUGUGUUGCACAAAAGAGCCCUGGCUGAUUCAUAGAUAUUUACAGAACACUUUGGAAGAGAACUCACCAAGUGCUUUGGCGAUAAUCCUGUCAAUGGCCACAGAAGAUAUAGGAGGGCACAUUGCUUGGGACUUUUUGAAAGAGAAUUGGCAGCGCACUAACAUUCCGCUUCAAGACGUUGAUUUUUUCCAUAAAACAUUGCUACCGGCAUUUGGAUGGAAAAUAAUUUCAGAAACACAGUACCAAGAGGUACAGGAUUUCAUUAUAAGAACAUCGGAGGGUAAAACCAGAAACAAUCUACUGGAGAAACUUGAAAGCUAUAGGAGAGCCAAUCUGCAAUGGAUCAACACUGUAAAUACCCAAAUUAUUGUCUGGUUACGGAAGAACACAGAGGAAUCAGAUCUCUGAACGAAUCAAUUUAUAUAUAAUUAAAAGAUGAUUAUUUUUUAGUUUUUCUAAGCUAAACUGUUCUGUGUAUAAAUGGUUUCACUAUUUUGUGCCUAAACAGCAGAACUAAAGUUAUAUAUAUAUUUUUUUACAUUUUCUUGGAAGAAUGUGAAUAAAUUUGCUCUGAUUUGU